UGCGUAUGCAUUUUUGUACAUUGAUUUUUGUUUGCCAAAAAAAAGUGUGUUUUAAUCAUAAUCAUCACAAUCAUCAUCAUUAUGAAUCAAUGCCGGCAACAUGUUUCUAUCGGGAAAAUUAUCAAUCAAUAUGUUUAGGUUUUUUAUGACGGCGAAACAAACACCAAAAAAUAUUAAAAUCUUUCAAAAUUCGAAUUUCCGUACACAAUCAUCAUCAUCAUCAUCAAAGCCAUUAAAACAAUAUAGCGAUUGGUAUGGAAAAUUAUCGCAAAACGAUACUAAACUAUUCCGGUGGCUGGCCAAGACAACAUUAAUUAAAGAACGAAUCUACGAUAAUCUAAUUGUAUUUACACGAAUAUUGCAUGUGCAAAGCAAUGUUUACUUAACAUUACAGAUACGUCGAAUUGCUCAACUUUGUCAUCUAUAUCGUCGAUUAUAUUCACCAAGUGAAUUUCAACUUGUUAUUAAUAAUUUAAAAUUUUUUAAAUUUCUUUCACAUGAAUAUCGAAAUUAUUGGAAAAAAUAUUUUCUUCAACGUCUGGUUCUGUUUAGUUAUGCUGUUUGUUGUGCAUAUAAUUGGGAAGAACGUAUCAAUGAUAAUGAAUUUGAUGAACUAAUACAAGAUUUCAUUCACAAUUAUGAACAAAAUCAGGUGGAAAAAGAAUCAAAUGUUAAAGUGAAUCGUUCAAAUGAUGAUGAUGAUGAUCGCUGUGUAUUACAAGAUAAUGGUGAUACAUCAUUUAUGGUAGUGAAUUGUAUGGAAGCUGAUAACAGUAGUGUCAUAACCGAAUGGGAAGAGAUAAUAAAACGUGAAAAUUUUCAUGUUUUACGUAAAUCUAUCAAUAAUAGUGCCCUUUAUCAAUAUAAAGUGUUUGGUUCAUUCGAUGAUAUAUCGGCAUAUUCAUUCUAUUCCGUACAAAAGGAUUUAGAUUAUCGUAAAAAAUGGGAUAAACUUGUCAUUAAAUUAGAUGUUGUCGAUGUUGAAUCGACAAAACCUAAAACGGUUUCAAAACGUCAUCGUUUAUAUGAUACGGGUAAUGAAUUGAUUCAUUGGAUUAUGAAAUAUCCGUAUCCAAUGAUGAAUCGUGAAUAUCUCUAUAUACGACGAUCGAUAAUUGAUUUUCAACGAAAUUUUAUUGUUCUUAUAUCACGUUCGGUAACAAAUUCUAAUAUAACCGAAAGUCAAGAACAGGUCCGUGUUUACAAUUACAUGUCACAUAUGGUCAUUAGACCAUAUGAAAGUUUUGAUAAACCUGGUUUUGAAUUUAUGUUGACAUAUUUUGAUGAUCCACGUGCUUCAUUUCCAUCACCAGCGUAUGCAUGGAUGGCAGCCAGAGGUGUACCAGAAUUUGUUGAAAAAUUACAUCAAGCUGCAUUGAAAUUUGCAAAUGAAAAACCGAUGGAAAAUAUAUUUCAUCAAUUUACUAUUGUUGAUCAAGACGAUGAUGAUGAUGAUGAUGAUAAUGAUGAAACAUUCGUGAUUAACAAAUUUGAAACACCAAAUGAAGAUGAAAUUACUAACGGAUCGGAAACAGCGGCCACAAAGCUGAAUAAAGAUAAAAUUAACAAGAAAAAUUUCCUAGCCAGAUUACCCGAACCUAUUGUUGAUUUUGAUUCUCUUAUUUGGAAUUAGUCAUUACAGAGAGAGAAAGAGAGAAUGUGUCAAUAAAUUGUUUUUUUUUAUUUUUUA